AUGAGUGACGACGGGUCUGACGGUUCCAACGAAAGUUCUUCCAGAUCCUCCUCUUCGCGAUCCAGACCCCGCUCACGUUCAGGUUCAGGUCGAUCGUCCUCAGGUAAAAGUCGGCGAAGUGCUAGUAGCAGUCGGGGAAGUGAUGGUGGUAGUGGUUCUUCCUCGAAGAGAAGUAAAAGCAGAAGCAUCGACGCAAGUAGUCAACUGACCAAAGCUGAGACAUACCUAAAAACCAUUACCGAUGAAAGUAUCGAUGCUACCGAUUUCAAUACUGCUGUCUCGGCUGUGCAGACCUUGACGGAUAUGUCGACAUUGUGUGAAGGUUUGAAAGAGAAAUGGAUGAGACACAUCAAAGAGCUAAGAGAGAAAGAGGAUCAAAUGAAGAGCGAACAUGAAAAAACGGUUGAGAGUCUUAUGAAUCCUUCAACUACAGAUGCAAGUUCGGGUCUUGCUUCCGACACAGCUAGUACGGCUAGUGUGGAAAGUGCGAAAAAGGAUGAUAGUGCAAAGUCCGAAGGGGAGAAGAAGGAAGAGAAUCAAGAUGGUGCGAAGAAGGAGGAAAGUAAAGAUGGGGCAAAGAAAGAUGAAGGUGGCGAGAAGAAGGAGGACAGUGGUGAAAAGAAAGAAGAGGAGAAGAAGAAAGAUGAAAGUGGCGAGAAGAAAGCGGAAGAAAAGAAAUAA